CCCUUGCAUCAUCAUCACAACACGGAAGCAGUAAGACAGACGGAGGGGGGCAGGAGAGGCGCAGACACAGGGAGGGAGGCUCAGGCAGGUAAAAAAAAAAAAAAAAAAACCCAACAGCGGGGUAAAAGAGAAACAGAGAGAAAAGGUGGAAUCAGGCGCAGAGAGGAUAAAGGUAAACAGGUGAACAGAGACAGAGCGCGAGCAUCAUGGCGCUGAUCCCCUCGCAGGUUCUCCGGGUCGCCAUCCUCCUGUCUUAUUUCUCCAUCCUCUGCCACUACAAAGCUCUGGACAUGCCGGCACACCAGACCUACGGAGGCAGCUGGAAGUUCCUGACCUUCAUCGACCUGGUGAUCCAGGCGGUGUUUUUCGGACUGUGUGUCCUGAUCGAUGUGUCCAGUCUGCUGACUAAGGGAGGCGACAGCAGGGAGCAGGAGCGGCAGCUGAGGAAGCUGAUUGGCCUGAGGGACUGGAUGAUGGCCGUGCUGGCCUUCCCUGUCGGAGCGUUUGUGGUCUUUACCUUCUGGAGUCUCUACCUGUACGACAGAGACCUGGUCUACCCCAGACUACUGGACAACUUCAUUCCUCAGUGGCUCAACCACGGCAUGCACACCACCGUUCUUCCCUUCAUCAUCAUCGAGAUGCGGACCACCCACCAUCGGUAUCCCAGCAGGCUGUGGGGUCUGGCAGCAGUGUGGUGCUUCGGCAUAGGAUACAUCCUCUGGACGUGUUGGGUGAACCAGGUGACAGGUGUGUGGGUGUACCCGGUGCUGGAGCGCAUCACUCCACUGGCUCGAGUCAUCUUCUUCAGCGCGAUGACGGUGGUGAUCAGUGUCUUCUACGUUCUCGGAGAAAUCCUCAACAGCUACAUCUGGGACCAGCCACACACAGAAAAGGUCAAAGGUGAGUGAUCGUCUCUCGGCUGCGCGGGCGUUGAAGUCCUCGCUCGGACAAAGGAGGACGAGUGGUGCCCCGCCCACCCAGGACAGCACAAUGAAGGAAACAAGGGACCUCUCUGGAACUGGAAGUGACCGUUACCUUUGAACUGUAUCCAUAACAAUAACCAUAAAAAGACAGAAGCAUCACCAGUUAAUGUAAAUAGAGACGGCAGAUGAAGCAGAGUCAGAACUCAUCUUUUUGUUUCUGUGUUUUCUCUUUUUGUUGUUUUUCAGCGGCAAAAGCAAAGCGACCAUGUUGCAUCUGGCUUUGUUAUGUGGAGGACAAUGAAUUAAAGGCACAAAUAUACAUCUACACUACACACACACACACACACACACACACACACACAAGCUCAUCACACUCACAUACAGGAACAGUAUUUGUAAUCUGCUUUUCUGGGAAGAACGACUAAAAGUAAAUGAAUUCUUCCAUAAGCUACUACACCACCACUGAACAUCAACAAUGUGUUGAACCUCAUUAUUAUUCAUCGUAUGAGUCACUACAUGGCCAUGACAUGUAUGGGAGAAACUAGAUGUCGGUGCAAAAUCAAUAAAGUUUGAGUGGAAAAUCA